UCCACUGCGAGGAAAGGACUUGGCUUGUUGUUCAACUCCACAGCAGAAGUUUCUGCUCUCUCUGAGGAGCUGGACAUGUCCGUUGUGAGGGGAACUAAAGCAAAGAUGGCGAGCCAGAAAGAGGAGUGUGAAGGGAAGGAAGAUCGGGUUCAUCUGAGACGCAGCAUUAGUCUGGUGCCUGCAGUCUCCUUCAUCAUGGGCACCAUGAUUGGCAGCGGGAUCUUCAUCACCCCCAAAGGAGUGCACAUCAAUACAGGCAGUGUGGGACUCUCCCUAGUGGUCUGGGCGCUCUGUGGACUCCUCUCCACGUUUGGUGCCUUGUGCUAUGCUGAGUUGGGGACCAGUUUCAAAAAGUCUGGUGGCCAUUACACAUAUUUACUUGAGACCCUUGGGCCACUUCCUGCUUUCCUGAUGCUUUGGUCUGAGUUCAUUUUCAUCAGACCUGCAGUGACUGGGUAUAUUGCACUGGCUUUUGGACACUAUGUCAUAGAACCUUUUUUCACGCCAUGCCAAGCUCCUCUACUAUUAAUCAAAGUGGCCAGUUUUCUUGGAAUGACACUUUUGGUGGCAGUGAACUGCUGGAGUGUAUCACUGUCCUCUCGUACACAGGUCAUCCUCUUGAUCGUUAAGCUCCUUAGUCUGGUUCUGAUCAUUGUCCCAGGAAUUGUGGCUCUGGCCAAAGGCCAAACCGAAAACUUCCAGAAUGGUUUUAACUUCGAGGCGCUCACACUGACAAAGCUGCCUUUAGCCUUCUACGCUGGACUUUAUGCCUAUUCUGGAUGGUUUUCAUUAAACUUUGUGACAGAGGAGGUUAUCAAUCCAAAAAGAAACAUUCCAUUGGCCAUCAUUUUGUCCAUGAUCACAGUUACUACAUUAUACGUGCUGGUGAAUGUAGCGUAUUAUACUAUGAUGACCGAAAACGAGCUGCUGAUAUCCGAUGCAGUAGCAGUGACUUUCGCCAGCAAAGCUCUGCCCAGGAUGGCAUCACUGGUGCCCAUACUGGUGGCCAUGUCCUGUCUUGGGACCAUGAACGCAGGGAUCUUUUCAGUACCGAGAAUGUUAUUUGUGGCUGCCAGAGAGGGGCAAUGGCCAACCCUGUUCUCCAUGAUACACAUACGAAGAAAGACACCAAUGCCUGCUGUACUAUUGCUGUGCCCUCUAGUGGUUAUCAUGUUGGCAAGAGGGGACUUUUAUCAACUGAUCAACUUUGCUUCUUUCUCGUACUGGUUCUUCAUCGCCCUGGUUACACUGGGGCUUCUCGUCCAUCGCUAUCGAUUCCCAGACCAUCCACGAACAUUUAAGGUUCCUCUGGCUGUUCCAGUGAUCUUCACGAUGGUGUGUUUCUUUAUCGUGGGUCUGUCUCUGUAUUCAGACCCCUGGAACACAGGUUGCAGUUUUGCUGUUACUUUCACUGGAAUCCCAGUGUACUACCUGACCAUAAAGCACUCGUAUAUACCGAACCGUUGGAGAAAAGCCAUCAAUUACUACACUAACCAACUUCAGAUCUUGUUGGAGGUGGUAGUUACUGAAGGACCUACUGAAGGAGCACAAACAUUACACUAAGGGCCAGGCGGUAAACACAGACACCCUAAAAUUAUCAACAAACCAUCCAACAACCUCUCAACUGACUGCCAUGAACAAGCCUGUCAACUGAUUCUCAACAAGAUGUGAACAAAUGUUUAGUAAUAAUAGAGUAACAGUAGUAGAGCGAGUAACCUGACCUUCAACUAAAUACCUGUGGAGCCUGUGGCCUAGAGAAUGUAUCAGUAACAUCUCUGUUGAUUCGUAUUCAUGUAAUUACAAGCAACCUCAAAUACUAACCAUGGAAUCCCAACCAGCAAUCACUAGACAUUUAACUAUGGCUAUUAUCAUAGAAUCAGAAAUGUAGUGGCACACUGAGGGCAUUGUUUUCUGCCAAGUCCUUGGACUUGACCUUUCAGUCUUCUGAUUUAUAAUGCGUAUAUCUUCAGUGACAAAAUGAUACUGACAGUGCACUGUGAAAGAAAAGAAUAUAAGAGUAAACGUGUUUGUUUUUUUUUUGCUAUAUUAAAAUGGCAUCACUGUUCCAUGCACAUUAUGGCCUUUCAGUUAAUGUGAAUUCAAUUAAAAUGAUUUUUUUUUUUAAAUAAAUAAAUAAAUAAAAGCUUAAAAUAGCUUAACUGUUCCAUUACCUGUAUUAAAUCUUUAUAUUUUAGAUCGUUAUUAAAACUUUAUACUAUUAGGGAAUGGAUUAGUAAUGAAUAAGAAAAGCAAAUGAAUAAACACAUACAUGUUCUAGAAUCUCUUUUAUUAUAUAGUGUAGGUAAAAGGCUGUGUGUGUAUGUGUGUGUAUGUGUGUGGGUAUAGGAAUACAGCAACAUUUUAAAACUGUAAUCUAUUUAUAUUGACAAGACCUUUUUCUCUUCACUAAGGAAACUCAAGUUUUAUUAAUAACGGGCCUCGUUUAUCAAUCUGGUGUUGUGGAUAAAAAUUGUCAUAAAAUAAACAUAAGGGGUGUCCAGAUCCAGGUCCAAAUCCUGAUCCAGGUCCAGUAACGGAGAGAGAGGGGACUGACGACGGGCACCGGCACCUAGACACAUAGAAGCGGGAUUAGGCGGACAUUGACAGAUUGGAAUUACGAGCAAUUUAAGAGCAGUAAUAGUCAAAAAAGUCAAAAAGAAGUGUACGAGCUGAGGAGUGCUAAAAACACACACACACACACACACUCGUACAGUCAAGGGCGGGCAAGUAGACACAACAUACAUACACACACUCUCUCUUCCUCAUACACACACAUGAAUAACUUUAAUAAAAUCUUAUAGUAAUAGAGAAACUCUAUAAAAAAACAGAAUAGUAGGAUAUGCAGGACAGUAGAACUGUAAUGGUAUUAAGAAGUUGGAAGUACAGUAAACCGCUUUUCAAGUAGUAUAAAUACAUAUAAAAUAAGAAAUAUAGUGCAAAUAUGAAAAUAAAUUAUAAACGAGAAAUACAGGAAAAAAAGGAAAAUAUAACUUACUCAUGAUUCAGAUGGUGAAGAUUCUCGUCUCGCAAGGAAAGCCUUAAUUUUUAGAGAACCAUGAAGAAAGCCAGUUAUAAGGGUGGCUGGG